CAGAUAUAUUAAAAGAAAUUAUCUUUAAUUUGAAUCGUAGGGUGAAAAUCUCUAGUUUUGGGCUUGGCGGCUCAGACUGCGACACAGUCUUCAUCGUUGGCACGUGCGCAGAUGAUGCCACCAAAGUGUGUGUCAAGGUUUGGAGAAACUGUACCCCAGUUCCAUAUAGGCUUUUACACAUCUCCGGGCUGCUUGAUACCGAGGUGGUGCAAUGUGAUUACAGUUCAUACGCUCAUAGUUUAUGCCUCAUUAGGAGUUCUUAAAACUGUGACCAGAGCCCAUUCUUGGGUCGAUAUUCACAUGGACGAUUUUCAGCGAUUGCAGCUGAAGCUGCUGAACGGUAAUGAGAUGUACGUGAGGGUUGCUGGACGGAGGACUGCUGAAGAGACUGGACCCAAAGUUACCCCCAAAUCAUUUCUAUUUGGAGGAUUUCCAGUUGUUUUAGCUCGAUUGCACAGCCUUCAGUGCAGUGACUGCGGCGUAAGCAAGAGCUACGAAGAACGACUCGAUCUCAAAAUGAUCGAUUUCGCAUAUUUUUGAAACAGAAACGGGGUAAAUUCUUAUUCGGACUUAAAUCUGUAAGUUUUGCGAAAAGAGCUCCUACUCGCAGAGUGAUCGUGUAGUGCUGUAAACUUGGCCGCUAAUAGCACGACUGAUGAUCCCAAUUCGAAGUCAUCAGCCGGACCAUCAAAUUGUCUGUGAAUGAUCUCUCUCAGAAAUUGGUUACUGGUAAAUUUCAUGAGGCUUACUACCAAAUGCCACUAAAGUAUAUUGCAGAAUAAAUUUCGGGU